CAGAGAGGGUUUAGUGGAGGCACUGGUGGAAUAACGCUAGGAGAAAAUAUAUUUCCUUCCUGCGAUUACAAACUUUGGUUUAUUUAGGCGGAGUUGGAGUGCAAGACAACAUGUCGUCUUGGGCGAAAUCAUCUGCAGCUGCCCGGCGGCCACCAGCUAACCCAAACGGAAGUGCUCAACAAUUGCGUCUGUAUCGGAGAGCAGCGCCUUACCCCACCAGAGAGGAGAGGAGUGAAGAGCUCAAGGAUGCCCUGGAAAGUUAUGAGGAACUAGAGCAAAUGCAAAACUUCAGUGGAAGUGUAAAGUAUGAGGCAUACAAGCAUCAGCCGAAUGCCAAGCCAGAGGGCUCCACUCCAGCAGACAGACGUAAAGCCCUGUAUCAGAGGUUCUACAGACAGGUGCAGGAGGAGAGGAAACCGCCCGACUGCGUGGUGCUCUCUGUCACCAACCAGUGCCUGGAUUACCCCAAAUCGCUAAGCCAGUGCUUGCAGGAGCGUGGCCUGUCAGUGGAAAUGCUCUACCUUCAGGCGGAAUCAGGCCUAACCCGGGCCCUGCAGGAUGUCCGAGCAGACGGCUCCCCGUUAUGUAUUCUGGUGGAGCAGACAAACAUAGCUCUGUCCUCCUGCACUGUUAUCAUAUUCUCAGAAUCCCUCAAAAUCCAUCGCAAUAUGCCCAAAGACCAGGCCAUGGACUUUGUUGCAGCUGAGUACAGUCGUGGACUUGUCAAAGAGCGCCCGCCGAGGGACCCCGCAGACAUAGCAGCACAGGCAUCACAGCUGCUGGAUGACUUUCUUGAUCGAGAAAAGAUCGAGCGCCACAGUGUUCCGUCUGAAACACGGCAGCUCCUCAUGCUGUUAGCUGAGGGGGUGCAUCUCUACCCAGAGGAGCUGGAAACCAUCUCGGACUAUGUCCGUUCCCGGCAGGAGCACAUACAAGUCUCCAACAUUGAGGGGGAGAGAGGGAACAUGUUACCUCCGGGACUGGGAAAUCCACCUCCUCUGCUCCCUACUCCACCUGGGCCCCCUCAACCUCAGUCUGCAGGCGGAGGGGGGCCCAUGGUGGACCACUCCCCUCCUCCACCUGCACCUCUCUUGCCUUCACCAGUCCCCUGA